UCUGUACUGUAGAAGGUGCAGCAAAAGUUAGGUGCCCUUCGCAACAUCCAGCCCGCCAGUUCCUUUCGAAAAUCCAACCACAAAAUGAUCGCUUACUUAACACCUUUCACCAUUCAUUCUCUCCUGCUCCUCAGAAUCUCGCUCCACCUGCAACCCUUACGCCUCCUUCUGAGGAGAGAGAUGAAAUGGAAAAGGAAGCAAGCCAAGCACCAGCAAGAAGAGAAGGAGAAGAAGCACUCCACUUCCAGUUUUUCCAUUUCCAACAUCCUUCCACUUUGUUGGUUUUCCAAGCUCAGGAAUUUGAGCUCCAAACCCAAAGUCCCGACCGCCAAACCCGUGCGAAAUGCGGCCGGACCGCCACCGCCGCCUUCUCCUCGCCACCGCUCCGCCUCCGACCAUCUCUCCUUCUCACCCGCCGUUCUUGACCGGCUCGUCGCCCGAUUCCCCACCUCCUUCCGCGACGCCGGCGACGCCCCUCGCCGCCGAUCCAUCGGAGAGGAUGAUAGCCUCCUCGCCCGAGACAGGACGAGUCACAGCCGAGGAAUCGCCCGAUCCGCCCGGCAUAACUCGGUGGGCGAGCUCGACUUCAGGCCGCCGCCUACUUCGUUCACCGACAGCCGGCCGAACUUGGAACUCGCUGAGUCGCAGCCGCUGGGCCACCUGAUCCCCUUCUCGAGGAGGUCGUCCCGGCGAUGGCCCCGGAAUCUCGAGCCCGCCUCGGAGAGCGAGAAGUCCGAAACCGAUCCCUCCCGGAUGCGCCACCGCCGGUUGCGGCGGCGGAGGCGGAGGAGCAAGGCAGGAAGAGAAGGCGGUGGGGCUUUGGAGGAGACAGAAGGGCUUCCGGCGCGGAGAACGAAGCCGCCUCCGGCCACCGAUCCCGAUAGGACAGAGGAGAAUCGCUGGGGCGGAGAAGCCCGCAAGUCCAUCAGCGGAAGGAUGCGGCCCAAGGUUAGGGUUUGUUCGCCGCGGCCGUCGGUGGCAUCGAGGGCGGAAAUGGGAAGGAUAAAAGCGCGGAGGAGAGCAGAGGCCGAGGAGAAGAAGGGGUUGGAGAGCUUCGCGGUGGUAAAGUGCUCGUGUGAUCCGCAGAAGGAUUUCAGGGAAUCGAUGGUGGAGAUGAUAUGGGAGAAGAGGAUCGGACGGCCGGAGGAGCUCGAGAGCCUGCUCGCAUGCUACCUGUCGCUCAACUCGGACGAGCACCAUGACGUUAUCGUAAAAGUUUUCCGGCAGGUCUGGUUCGACCUCAACCCGGAGCGGUUCAGCUCGCACCGCUUCAAUGAUUAAACCGCCGGUUGUUGGUCAGACCGGCAUAUAUUUUGUAUCUCUGGCUUGUCCAUUUUCUUGAUCUAUCUUAGUUUCUCUAUUUACGAUAAGAAAUGGUGUCUUGCUUUCAGCAAGGGAGCGGACUUAAUUACACAACGUUAAUAUAAAGGUUCUUGGGGUAUAACCAA